UUGCUGGGGGAGGGGCGUACAUUGACCCCGAAGGCUGCACAUAGUUCGGGUACCAAGAGCGGGAGGCGUGGUGCGCCCGGCGACCCGGAAGCGGGGGGCGCGCCCGGCCGAGCCCGGACACUCCCCGGGGCCGGAGGACCCAGCGGCCUGCGGACGGGAUCCGGAUCGCACCCGCGAGAUGGCGGUGGCGGCCGUGAGCAGCGCCAAGCGGAGCCUGCGGGCCGAGCUGAAGCGGCGUCUGCGGGCGCUGAGCGCCGAGGAGCGGCUGCGCCAGUCCCGCCUUUUGGCCCAGAAGGUGUUUACCCAUAGUCAGUAUCAAAAGUCCAAAAGAAUCUCCAUCUUUCUGAGCAUGCAAGAUGAAAUUGAGACAGAAGAGAUCAUCAAGGACAUUUUCCAACAAGGCAAAACCUGCUUUAUCCCACGGUACCAGUUCCAGAGCAAUCACAUGGAUAUGGUGAAAUUAGCAUCGCCUGAGGAAAUCUCUUCACUUCCCAAAACAUCCUGGAAUAUUCAUCAGCCCAGUGAAGUUGAGGUUCGGGAGGAGGCCUUGUCCACAGGUUCUCUGCUUUCCAGCAAAACAAGUGAACCUGUAGAGAUGAGUCGGCCAGUGGGACCUUCCCUUUUAUUUUUCUACUUUGACCACGAUAUUUCUAGUCGUCUUGGGACCAUGUAAGGUAGACUUGAAAAUCUCCCAGAGGUAGACCCAGUUGAAAGUUGUUAACAGCCGGAGGAACCUCUGUUUGUCUACUCAGACCAGACCUGGGCUCCCACUCGUGAGUAUUGCCAACAAAUGUGUCACUUCCCAUUUCCUUAAAAAGCUCCCCAACUCGGGUACAGUUUAUAGUCUUGCUUCACUUCUGCUGGAGGAGGUCACUACGGCAGAUUCAAGCUGGGGAAAUUGCUAACUUGUGAUAAGGUGAAGAAAAUCGUUCUGAUGUAUUUAAACUCAGGAACUGCAUCUUCAGGAAUCUGAAUUGUGAUGUAUGCCUCUCAAUUCAAUUCAACAAGCUUUUAGUAAGCACCCAUUCUUCACCAUAUGCUCAGUCCAACCCCCGGUGGGAGAUGGGUGACCAGAAAGGGGUGAGAUGUGGUGUUCGCCCUCUGUAGCCUGCUAUCUAAUAGGGAGGCCUACAGGGUGAACUACUACAGACAAUGGAGACCAGGGGAGUGCAGAGAGAGGAAAGUUCUACAAAUGGAAACAACCCAUCUGAAGGUUCUGCAUGGUACAAGGUACUGUGUAGGGGAGUUAGGGAUAAAGGGACUCUUUUAAACCUGUUAACAACCAGGAUUCUUGGCCUUCCCCAAUCAGUAGAAAUUGACUAGAGGCCAGACAAGAAAUUCAAGCAAGGCUU